UUUCAGGUAUGGACGGACUGGAAGAGUGAGGUGAAGAAGAAGUUGGUGCAGAAUAAAGCCGAGGAACGCGCCACUGGUGGAGGACCCUUUUCCAAGAAUACACUGACCCAGACGGAGGAGAGUAUUGUGCGUACUUCCGGAAUUGUGCAAAGUGUUGAAGGUGUCUCAGGAUCAGCACUUGGUCUCGAGGAAGAGUACCUCAUAUCUAGUGACGAUGACAUGCCUUCAACUUCUGCGAAACGUCCACGCCUUCAAUGUCUGCAAGUUCAAAACCCAACAGCGAAGAAAAGCACAAGUGAGCGUCUAAACAAAUUUAUGCAGUUGGAUAUGGAAUGGAAGCAGGACGUCCGAAAUAAAAUGGACGCUAUGUUAAAAAUUCAACAGGAAGGAAAUUAAUCGAAUAGGCUACUAAUUAAUGCCGUUAAUAACUUAACGCAGGAGUUUACGACCUUUAAUGCCAAAAUUAUUGAGUUGCUAGAAAACGUGAAGAGGAGAUUCGGAAUAAUUAUAAGACUUGCUGUCUAAAUAGGUUGUGAACCUUUUUAAUUUCAGAUAUGUACCUUCACAUUUUUAGUACAAAUUAGUUUUAUAAGUAUUCCCAAGAAUGAAUGUUUUAGUUUUCUAUAUUUUUGAACAACACUUUUUUAAAUGUACCAAUGCAUGUAUGUAUAUAAAUAAUACCGAAUUAUUUACUUGUAGGCACAAACUAGCCAGAAUAUGUUUCCGUACGGUGUAUUUUUUAAUAUUUGCAAUAUUUUGUGUACAUUUCUUUCGUCAAUUUUUGCAUCUAAUGGUAUAUAAAAUAAUGAUGCAAAGGUUUUACAAAAUUUAGGAAAACUUGACAAACUUUCAUAAAAAUU